AUGAAGGAUAUUUUAUCUAAUUAUUCAAACCUCAUAUAUCUUAACAAAUAUGUAAAAGAAAAGGAUAAAUAUAUAAAUGACUAUAAAAUUAUCAGGACGUUAAGUCAAGGCAAAUUCAACAAAAUAAUUUUGUGUGAAAAAGAUAAUAAAUUCUAUGCCUUGAAGAAAUAUGAAAAAAGCUUGUUAGAAAAAAAAAGAGAUUUUAUAAAAAGUAAUAAUAACAAGAUUUCAAUAAAGUCCAAGUAUGAUGAUUUCAAAAAUGAGCUACAAAUAAUAACAGAUAUAAAAAAUGAAUACUGUUUAACUUGUGAAGGUAUCAUAACAAAUUAUGAUGAGGUAUAUAUAAUAUAUGAGUAUAUGGAAAACGACAGUAUUUUAAAAUUCGAUGAAUAUUUUUUUGUCUUGGAUAAAAAAUACACUUGUUUUAUUCCUAUACAAGUUAUAAAAUGUAUUAUAAAAAGUGUAUUAAAUUCAUUUUCUUAUAUUCACAAUGAAAAAAAUAUUUGUCAUAGGGAUGUGAAACCAUCAAAUAUAUUGAUGGAUAAAAAUGGAAGAGUAAAAUUAUCAGAUUUUGGAGAAUCAGAAUAUAUGGUAGAUAAAAAGAUAAAGGGCUCAAAGGGUACCUAUGAAUUCAUGCCCCCUGAAUUUUUUUCAGAUGAAUCAUCUUUUAAUGGAGAAAAGGUGGAUAUAUGGAGUUUGGGUAUAUGUCUUUAUGUUAUGUUUUAUAACGUUGUACCAUUUUCUUUGAAAGUAUCACUGGUUGAACUUUUUAAUAAUAUAAGAACAAAGAAUAUAGAAUAUCCUCUUGAUAGAAAUCAUUUUUUAUAUCCUUUGACAAAUAAAAAAAGUAAUGCGUGUUCAAAUAAUUUUUUAUCAAAUGAAGAUAUUGAUUUUUUAAAAUUGUUUUUGAGAAAAAAUCCUGCUGAGCGCAUAACAUCUGAGGAUGCUUUGAAACACGAAUGGCUAGCUGAUACAAAUUUCGAGAACUUGAGAGAAUUCUCGAAAGAACUUUAUAAAAAAAGGAAAAUAUUAUAA